AAUAUCUGCUUUUUAUCCUAAUUAACUAAUCAUUUAUCCUUUCAGUUAAAUUAAUCUUAUCAUAUCUUUUUUCAUUGUUUUAUCACACUUUAUUCAAUUCCUUUUAUUCAAACAUCUUUACAGUUUUAUUUUAUUUUAUCUUCAGUGUGUGUCCUCUAGUUAUAAAUAUUAGUUAUUUUAAUCUAUAACUUUAAUUUUUUUUGUUACAACGUUGCUCUACCUCUUUAUUUUUUAUCAUAAACAUCAUCUUUAUUAUUCACCUUCUUCGUUUUCACCUCUGUUUUCAGUAACUUUUUUCAUCCUGUUUUCACAUUUAUUGGAAAUUUGUUGGCAAGGAAUUUACUUUUAGUCAUUUCUAUUUGCUGAGAUCCAUCUCUGGUAGCUUUAAGUAGUCAUUGAAUGAAGGUCGUACUGGUUACUAUAUUCAGGCCACCUUCCAUUGUUUGAUCCUAAUUAUUUCAUAAAUUGAUCAUCGUUUUAAAUGGUGAUCAGUAAAUCACCAUCUAUUUAUUAUAUUAAACGAUUGUUUGUCGCGCUUGUUGACUUUGAAAUUAAAAAGAAAGACAUAUUUGUGGUGCCAUCUACACAAACAAUUAAGUCCGUCAAUUGCUACAACACUAGUAUCCACUCUUACUCUUUGUAGUCGACCAAGUGUUGUGACUUCUGUUUGUUGGUUUUAGUCUAUGUUGUAAUUACAAUCAUGGAUACUAUUGAAAAGAAAACAGUUUAUGAUAAAGCCUUCAUUCCACCUUCACCCAGUUCAGUUACACCAACCAAAUCCAAGCAUCGGUUUGAAACCUCACUUGGCCAAUUAACCCGGAGGUUCAUAGCAUUGCUUAAAGAUUCUCAAGAUGGGGUUCUUAAUUUAAACACAGCAUCAUCGGUUUUGAAUGUACAAAAGAGACGAAUCUAUGAUAUCACCAAUGUGCUUGAAGGUGUUGGCCUGCUUAAUAAGACGAGUAAGAACAAUAUCAAAUGGAACGGAGGAUCACUUGAUUCUUGUCUGGGCCCAUCAAAUGGUUGCCCAGUUUCACCGUUGACCGGUGGGCACAAUAGUGCCAUCAACAAUAAUCAGAUUAGCCAUUGCAACAGCCAUAAUAAUGCAUCUGGUACUAAGAUUACCAGUAAAAUGGAUCUAGAAAAGGAGAAUGCCAUGUUAGAGGAGAAAGAAAAAUCUCUUGAUGAGGCUAUUAAAAAAUUAACUGCUGAGCUUCAGAAGGCCUCCGAAGAUGAAGAAAAUAAAAAAUAUUUAUAUGUGACAUACCGAGAUAUGAGGUAUAUUAAAGAGUUCUCUGAUCAAACUGUGAUAGCCAUUAAAGCACCUUCAGAAACCAAAUUAGAAGUUCCCGAUCCUGCGGAGAGCUUACAAAUAUGGCUCAAAAGUGAUCGAGGAGAAAUCGAAGUUUAUUUAUGCCCUGAUGAUGACGGUACAAUCAAUGAAGCUAAAGGUGAACUUACCCACACAGAGGCAGUCGUUAAAACAGAAAUUAAAACAGACAUUUCAGUGGAUACAGGUAUCGGCUCUAGCCUUAAAUCAAAUCUUGCCUCAGAGACUGAUGAUUUUGGAUCUACCUCAGGCCAAAAUUAUCUAAUCGCCAUUCAAGAUCAUACUUAUGGUAUCAGCAAAUCAAUGGCAUCUUCCUCUCAUGAUACCUUUAUGACAAGCAGUACAACCGGAAAUACACUGUCCUCUCCAAUCGCAUCAAGAUCGAUGUCAGUUGUUUCUGAAUUGCCAUUCCUUCAUUUAGAGCCACCUCUUUCAGAGGAAGAUUAUAACUUUGCCUUGGAAGAGAGCGAGGGUAUUGCAGAUCUUUUUGAUGAAAUGUUACCGGUAUAACUAAUCUUAGAGAGAAAGUGAGGUUAAAUGAUCACCUCUCUCUCUCUCAAUAUCAUCACUCUAAAUUCAAUCUCCCCUGAAAAGCCAUUCUAGCCUUCUAUCUUCAUUCUUCUCUGUCCUCUUUCCUCCUUUUCUCAUUCUCUUUACCAUACUCUUUCCUCUCCGUUCUUGUGUCUCCUCUUCUUUUUCUGUCACACUCUUUUCCACCUCAACUACAAGAGCAACACCAAUUGUCGCUUCCCAAUUAUUAACUAUAACAUUAUGUAAUCAAUAUUAAUUACAUUUUGAUUUUAAACUACAUAAUAAUUAAGCUAAAUAAAUUAGUUCUCAUCGCUUUUAAAAUUACA